AGUGACGUCAUUCGACUGCAGGUUCGGACUUUCAUGGGAAUUGUGGCUCUUGCGACCCCCUUCGCCCCAGCCCACUGACAACUGUUCCAACGGCCUUUCUGGCCUCAGUGCAGACUGGGGAUGUCAUCUACGUCUGUGCACGAGGUUCCGCAGCGGCCCCUCCGCGUAAGCCCCACCGAGACUUCUGAAUGUUAAAUCACCUCUCAUUCCAGACUUUACCAGCUCCUAAUGGUGGAAGCAAUUAUAAGUGCCCCGCCCCUUGGCCGUGACGACAUCAAAAGGCGUCCAGAAAGACGCUGGACGCGUCAGAAAUGCUGGAGUCCCUGCUGGCCCUCGGUGGCUUGGUGCUUCUUCGAGGUGAGGGGCAGAGCCGAGGCUGGUGGGGCCGGAUCAAGGGGCGGCUGUCUUGCAAGGAGCAGUGGCUCGCAGAUUCCGUGGAGUGGGAGGGACGUGGUCUUCUGAAGGCACUUAUCAAGAAAUCUGCUCUUUGUGGGGAACAAGUCCACGUCCUGGGCUGUGAAGUGAGUGAGGAAGAGUUUCGUGAAGGUUUCGGCGCUGAUGUCAACAACCGACUGGUUUACCAUGACAUCUUCAGAGAUCCUCUUAACUGGUCAAAAACUGGGAAGGCUUUCCCUGGAGGACCUCUGGGAAUCUUAAGAGCCAUGUGCAGGAGGACAGGUCCUGGUCCUGUCACAGUUGCUCUUGAUUCACUCAGCUGGCUGUUGCUUCGUCUUCCCUGCAUUACACUCUGCCAGACCCUACAUGCUCUGAGCCAGCCAAACAUCUACCCAGGUGACAACUCCCAGGUAGAGCAGGUACGGGUGUUGGGCCUACUACAUGAAGAGCUUCAUGGUCCCGGCCCCAUGGGAGCACUGAGAUCCCUUGCUCACACGGAGGUGACCCUGAGUGGUAAAAUGGGCCAGGCUUCAGCCUCCAUCCUCUAUAGAAGGCCCCAGCAGCAUGCAACUCUUCAGACUUGGUGGUUCUCCAUCCUUCCUGACUUCAGCCUGGAUCUCCAUAAGGAGUCUCCCCUCCAGUCCCAGCCACACCUAGAUCCUCAAACAACCCAGUAUUUGUACCUACAGGUGGACCCCACAGCUCAUUUGACAUUUAAUCUUCACUUGUCCAAGAAAGAAAGAGAAGCCAGAGACAGCCUGACUCUGCCUUUCCAGUUCAGCUCUGAAAAACAGCAGGCUCUGCUAUACCCUGUACCAGGCCAGAAGAGCCACAUCUUCUAUGAACCAGAUGCUUAUGAUGUGGACCAAGAAGACCCAGAUGAUGACCUAGAUAUUUGACUGACCAGAUUUGACUAGACAAAGGGGAGGGGAAGACACUGGGCUCAGAAUCAUAGUGGUAUUUGCACUGACUUUACUUGUCCCCAC